AAUCAGUUGAGGCACAUUGGUACAAUUUGCAGCUGCUUUUCGUAACAGAUGUGUUUUUUAUAUAUUUAUUUUAAUUAAAGUGUGAGAUUUUUAAGUAUAGCAUAGAUUUUUGUGCGUCUUGCAACGCAAACACAAGGCCUUAUGAUGGGCUCCAAAGAUAAAUCAAAGUUCAAGAUAUUUCUAAAGAAGCCACCAGGCAAUGCCGUCGAGCGUACAUUGCGUCAAGAGUUUGAGCUGGAGUUGCGGCCAGAGCAGCCCAUUGCCCAGCGCUGUAAAAUGCUAAAGGAAUUGGGCGACAUGCAUUUGCAGAACAUUACCUUGGACGAGACCUAUAUAACCAAGCUGUGGCAUCUGACCAACGAUCUCAUUGUGCCCAACAAACCGGCUGAAACACGGCAGAUUGCAUUGAGCUUUUAUAAGCGGCUCAUUUCGACGCAAUACAAAAACUUGACGCUAAUGCGUGAAAAGUUCUUUCUUGUUAUACAGAAUCAUGAGGCGCACGAGGAUCUGCGACAUCUACUGGAGCUGCUCGACACACUCACAGAAAACGGCAAGGAUAUUACCAAUUUCGAGGAGAAGAUUGGCAAAUUUAUGCUGCUCUGGAUACCAGCCAUCGCAGACGCCAAUUUGCUGUGCCCAUUCUUAGAUAUGAUGAUUAAUCUUAUCAAAUUCAAUGCAGCACACCUGGACAAAGACAUUCUAGUGGGAAUUGUGCAAAAUGCUUGCGACUUGAGCUGCACUGUGGCCAAUGAUGAUAUCGGACUGCAAUGCUUGACGGUUUUGGAGAUGGUCAUCGGAUACACAAUUUUCCCAAGCGAGCCGCUGCACCAAUGUAUUGUUACACUCUGCCGCACCGUCAACAAUUCAAAAUAUUGCCAAGCAUCGUUCAAGAUCAUGAAAAAUCUGUUGGGCACUCAGCUUGGCUAUGGCUCGAUGAAAUUGAUGUGCAAUAUACUCAACGAUAAGGGUCAAUAUGAGGAUGCACAACUGUUGCGUGGAGCUGUCUUUCAUCUCAACAUGAACAUCUUUGGCUCGACUAUCAUUUUUCAGGUAUCCCCGAUGAUAUAUGCAACAAAUGUGCUAAUGGGCUUCCGGAAUGCAUUGGAUAGCCACGAGGUGAUUGUGACCUAUGAGGUAAUUCUCAGUGUGCGCAUGGUGAUUAGCAAAUAUAAGCUGUCCGAGAUAAUAUGGGAUCUGAUCUGUGAUAUUAUGUCGGCGAUUGUGGACAACAUUGAGGAAUAUGAGCGUUUGGGUGUUAAUAAGGAUCGCCUGUGUCAUUUACAAAUCAAUUUUCACGAAAAUAUUGACUGCAUUGAGAAGUUGCUCCAAGAUGAUCGCGCACAAAUACUUUGCAAUGUGGAUCGUAUUUAUGAUCUCAUCGAGCGGGUCGCUGAUCGCCGCUCGGAGGCCUCUGUGCUGGCCCUGAUCGACUAUCGAACCCGUCGCUUGACUGCCACGCGACCGGAAUGGCUUUUGUGCUUGACCCAGUUCGUGCACCGAUAUUAUCGCAUGGCCAAUGUGAAUGUGCGCAUCAAAACUAUCGAUGCGCUGGUGCAGAUUAUGAACCAGAAUCGUUACAGCUAUGAGGAAGAGAUACUGGAUCGCGUUGUUGUGCCACAGCUGGCGCAAAUCCAUCAAGAGCCCAGCGUGCAGGUACGCACGACGGUGGCUCGUGCGCUCUCUAACUUUGCAGCACAUUGUGAUUCGAAACGAUGCUUGGAGCUGUUAGACAUAUUGGAGGCGCUCAUCAAUCGACCGUUCGAGCAGAUGCGUCAAGUUGCAACAGAGGCGAACCCAUCAGAGGCGGGCAACAGCAUUAUUAUAAAGACUGAGUCAGAGAUUGGCGAUAUUAUAGCUGCCAUCGAUGGGCUUGUUGAGGUGUUUGAAAUUAAGCUACAUCGCCUGCCUGCCGCUCAUGCCAUUAAGAUAUUCAAUAUUUUGACCGAUCAUCUGGAGCUGCACUACGACCGGCCAAAGGUCUUUGAACGGGCACGCAUUGUUCGCCUUAAGAUAUUCAACUGGAUGCUCAAGGCACGUGCCAAUGCCUCCUAUCACAUUGGCUAUCCUGACAGCAGCACCGAAACCCUGAAGUUUAGCCACUAUUUGGGCAUCGACUCGCCAUUGCCACCGCAAACGCAAACCACAACAAUUUCAAUACGACACGCCUGUAAUCUGAUUGUGCGCUGUCUGGAGCAUGACUCUGAUUACCAAGUUUUUCAGCUGGUCAUCAGGGAGCUACCCAAAGUGCUCCAAAACAAGGCACUUAUACAGGGCAACGAUAUUGAGAAGCUGGCCAGUACAUUAUUAAAAAAAAUCAAUGUCAGCGAAAGCAAGGAUAGGUUUAAUCGACCCACCGAUGAGUUCCAUGGUCUUGUGAUGCCCGCAAUCGCAUCCCUGGUCAUUUAUCACGAGUGCUUGCAGCCGCAACACCACUUAAGCAUCAUUACGGCCCUGAACUCCCGCAUACCAGGCAUGGCCAGUGUCUGCAUCAAUACAAUGACUAUUCUGAUAUUGGAGACGCCCGAAGCCCUUAUGCGCAAGCUGCCAGACGUUCUACUUGAAAUCAGCAAGGUGUCCGAUACGAAUGCGGUGGCCAUACCAGUUUUGGAGUUUUUAUCCCUAUUGAUCCAUCUAUCGAACAAGCUGUUUACGAACUUUACCCCCCAGCAAAACAUGUAUGUGUUCGCCAUAUCGCUGCCAUACACAAAGCCGCACAGAUACGACCACUAUACCGUAUCACUGGCUCAUCAUGUGAUUGCGGGCUGGUUUCUGAAGUGCAAGCUCGAGCUGCGUAAGAAUUAUGUUGGCUACAUUAAAUCGUCCAUGCAGUCGAAUGCCAAGAUGCUGAGCAAUGAUAUAGUCAACGUGAAUGAAGAUUCCACCAGUCGCAAGCGUAGUACCAGUCUAACGGAGCGAGGCAGUCGGAAUACCGCGACAACCCGCAACGACUCCGAGAUGCGUCUGCUGAUAAACGACACGUUGCGCGAUUUUCAUGCCGAGUUGGCUGAGACAUGCUUUGAUUUUCUAGCCCGACACACAUUCUCGCCGUGUCCCUCCUUACCCAAGCGCCUGCCGGCCGUUGAGUAUCUGCUGAAGGAUGGUGUCUCGCAGACGUGGUUGGUGGGCCACAAUUUGGUCACAAUUACCACAUCGGGCUGCCCAUCGGGACCUACGCGGAACGGCCUCUGCGAACGCUGUGCGCAACUAGGCAAAGCACCCAGUAUCAGUCUAAACUCGAAGACUCUUAACGAUGCCACACAGCAGCCGCCUUUGUCGCCGGAACGGGAACGCCGCUACACCAAAUUGAGUUUGCAGCAUAGCAGCGGCAAUGAGAGCGCCGGCAGCACAGAUCAUACAACAUCCUCGUCUACAUCGAAUUCGGCAGCCACCGCGCAUCCGCAUCGGCAAAUCUCAAACAGUUCAACAGUCUCGCUGGAUGCAUACUCGCGACGCGGCUCCAAUCCGGAGGCUUCGGGUGCCAGUAACCUAGUCGAGGGCUCGCACACAGGCAGCAACACAUCCCUAUUGGGCAAUUCCCUAUCCCUGUCAACGGCCAGUGUGGGUCCGUCACCGCAGUCCGCUUCAGUUGUGCAGCAGCCAGUUUGUGUGCGUGCAUGCACUGGCUGGGCCGAGGUCUAUAUAAGACGGCCAACGGGCAACAUUUCAUGGAUAACGCGCCUUCAGAAUCCCAUCGCUAACGAUUGCUUUGGUCAGGAUAUGCCCUUCAAUAGCAUGGUUUCACUCUUUUUACCCACUGCCUAUGGCGGAGUCUUCGGCCCGGACAACCCCAUGCAGCCGCUACCGAUGAUGCAGCAGCAGCCACAGACACAGCCACAGCCGGAAAUUCAGCCAAUGCCAAAAACAGAACCAGAGCCUACACCAGCUGCGGUUCCAGUAGCUACCGAAAUGCGCAACCGAAUGGUGGCCAAGGCGCGCGCACUGCAGCGACAAGAGGAGGUUCACUCCGUUAGCAAUGCAGGCGGCGGCACAGCGGCCAUUGACAUUCCACGCUUGGCUGCCGCUGCCAAACGAGGCAAGGAAGCGGCGCUCAGUGGCAGCGUCAGUGAUGGUGAGGCCGAUGACGAAGCAUUGGCCUUUGGUGAUGGCCAAUCUCGAGCUCGCAAUCCGGUGCGGCGUGUUAACUCCAGUCCGGAGAUGAGCUCCAGCUGGCGGCAGGCGUUCCUAGCCGCAAAACCGGCGCCGCUCUCCCAAGAGCCGGCGGCCGUUAAAGCACCCUUCGACGAGCCGCACCUUCCGUCGAAGAAAAAGACCGUUCAGUACAGCACCAAAGACAUGCGUGUCAGCUGCGAGGCUAUACCCGAAGAGAUAGCUGGUUCGACGCCGCCGCAAUCAGCGCAGGCAUUAAAAUUUCCGUUGCAACCGGCGGCUGGCACGCUGCCUCCAAAACAGCACUCGGCCGAUAAUGUCAGCAGCCAGGUGACGGGCAGCGGUGUUCAACCGGGCAUGGUGCAGACCUCAGCGUCAGCAUCCUCUCUAAAGCUGGGUGCCGUUGGUAAACCACCAUUGUCACCUCAGGGGCCAGGACAGGCAGUAGUCGCUCCCAAGCAUGCCGUCGGAUCGGUCCUGGGCCUAGCCAAGUCCAACAGCAGCGGCAAUGGCAGCAACGGAGUCGUCGCUGGCGGAUCAGACUAUAACAAUGGUGGCGGAGACAUGAUGCGUGGUCGCUCUAAAACAAUAUCGGUUGUGCGCGAGGUGAACAAUGGUAAAGCGCGACCACCGCCGGCCAGCAGCUUUCGCAGCUUUGGCGCCACCAAGCCAUCAACCAGUGCCAAGCUGUGCAUGAAUCCCAGCUUUGUUUUUCUACAGUUGUACAGCACUGGCCAGCUGGGGGUGACGGAGACGCCGCUUAAGGUGGGCCCAGAGCAGUCAAGUGCAUUGGCGCUGCUCGAUCUUGUGCCACCAUUUGAGACACACAGAAUCGGCGUGCUUUAUGUCGGUCGGAAUCAGUGCAACAACGAGGUGGAGAUCUUGCGCAAUUCCCACGGUAGCACACGUUACGUGGAAUUUCUAAGGAGCAUUGGCACUUUGGUCGGUCUUAAGGAAGCCGAACAGAAUAACCUAUUUAUUGGACUGGACAAGAGUGGGGCAGAUGGAAAAUUUGCCUACAUCUGGAAGGAUGACAUACUGCAGGUCACUUUCCAUGUGGCUACAUUGAUGCCCACAAAUCUACAGGAUGAUCCCAACUGCAAUGAAAAGAAAAAGCAUAUUGGCAACGACUUUGUGAAAAUCAUUUACAACGAAAGCGGCGAGGAAUAUAAUCUAACAACGAUAUCGGGCCACUUUAACUAUGCGUGUGUGAUCGUUGAACCGCUGGAGCUUAACUCGAAUCGCGUGUAUGUCAAGGCACGCUCGGAGAUCUCCAAGUUCGUCUGCCAUUCAGAACCGCGUAUAGUCUCUGAUCGUAGCGCACCCAUACUAGCCCGACAAAUGGCGCUGCAUGCAAAUCUGGCCUCACUUGUCUACCAAAGUGUGGAGAAUACGAAUCCCUAUGCAUCCAAUUGGCUGGAGAGAAUGCGCAAACUGAAGCGAUUGCGCUCGCAGCUUAUUGAAAAUCAAAAAAAGCAACAACAACAACAACAGCAAAAAAGUGGCAGCGCGUCCAGCGGCAUUGGAAUCGCCUCCUCAUCGGCCGCAAGCACAGAUGUGGAAGAUCAGCGAGCGGAUUUUACCAAAUUCACAUAGGCCCUGGACAGAGUGAAAACUAUUGCAAUAGGAUGUUUCUUAUAAGAUGACCCAUGUCAAUAAGCUACAAUAUAUCUGUGGACAUUGGAAUUCUUGGAAUUCUAUAGUUGUCGUAUGCCUUUAGAGCUUCGGUUCCAACUUUAUGUUUCCUUUUUCCUCCUACAUAUGUAUAACAUUAGCAUGCACAUAUUUAAUAACUUUAUUUUAUUUUUGUUUAAAAUUAAUUAAUAUACGACUCUGUCGCGUUGCUAUAUGUUCACCCA